UUUGAAUAUUGAAAUUUGUAAUUUCAAUCAUCUUUGAGCCUAGACCAGAAAAAUUUGUCUUUGAAUUCUUUAUGUGAGAAAGUGAAGAGUUAGAUUUUCUGAGCCAUAAUUAUGAAUUCUACAAUGCAAGGAUUUCCAGAUUCUUUAGGGGAUAAUGAAGUAUACAUUUGUGAAGUUGAUGGACGAUUACACAAAGCCCCAGCAGAUUCACCUGAUAUUUCUAGAUAUACGAAUACCGUUGAUAAGCAUCCAAAUAUUGUAGUGACACGUGAUAUGCUUCAUGGAGCAACUAAUCGCGACGAAGUGAAUCGUAAUAUAUUUUUACCGGUACAAGAACCAAUGCUUAAAAAAUUAGUACAUAUUUGGUACGAACAAGGAAUUGUUGAAGCUUUACAUUUUGCUUCUGAUCCAGAAAAUUUCGAAUCACACCAACCAACACUUGUAACAAAGUCUGCUCAAUUUUUAAUCAACGUAUUAGAUAAACUAAGCCGGAUAACCAUUUAUGUGGGCCCUUGUCAAGAAGAAUCCGGAACGAAGUUAAUAUCAUCUUUAUCGAAAACGAAUGAUUGGGCCACAAGUCCCAUACGUUGUAUUUCAUGGCAUCCGCACAUAACAAAACUUGCGGUAGCGUCUUUAGAUGAUACAAUUCGUAUAUAUAGCUCUGAAUCAAAAUUAGUUCCCGUUCUUAAGUUACGUAGACAACGAGCUAUCACAUGCAUGGAAUGGCGACCAAUGACCAAUUGUGAAUUAGCAGUAGCAUGCGAACAAGUGAUUAUUAUUUGGAAUAUUGAUCCACAUUCAGUUGUUACAAGACCUUCCAGUAACAACGCACACAUCUUAUACGCAAGUGGACAUACCCCAAUUGUAAGUUUAUCGUGGAGCCCAUUUGGUGAUCUUUUAGUAUCGGCUGCGGCCAGAGAUGUUUCAAUUCGAGUGUGGGAUGUUGAUUCAAGUCGAUCGGAAACACUUAGAAGAUCAGCUGGUGGAGGCAAAAGUAUUGUCUGUUGGUCACCACAAGGAUCGAAAUUAUUUACAGCUUCAUUAGGAAUCAUUUUUAGAAUUUGGAAUUGUACUGAUUGGACAGCGGAAAGAUGGGAUGUAGGUGAAGGUCGAGUUCAUACAGCAUGUUUUUCACCUUGCGGACAAAUUUUAUUGUUUUCUACAACAACUGAACCUACGAUAUAUGCCUUACGUUCAAACGCUGAAGGAAUUUGGGCCAAUAAUAAUGAAAACUCACCACAAUUAGCAAUGCCUGUAUUGAAUUUAUCACGCGAUGAAAAAUCAAAUUUUGGCGGUGGAUUAAUAAGAAAUAUUUGUUGGAGUCCUCUUGGCACACAUUUAGCUAUUUUAUUUAGAGAAAGCAAAUCUGUUGCCAUUUUUAAUACAAUUUCACAUCCAAUUUUAAAAAUUACACCAUGCUGUAUUGUAAAUGGCUUAGAAUAUGAACGGCCAUGUGCAAUUGCAUUCCAACCAAAUUUUGAACACGGAUCGUGUCUAACAAUCGCAUGGGGUAGUGGACGUAUACAAUAUUUUCCAUUGGUGACGUCAUCACUUGUUAUACGCUCAGCACCAAGUAUUUAUAGGGAACAAUUAGAUAGUUCAAUUCGAAAUGCAUCGUCAUUUAGAUCUUUUAGUUAAUAUUUGUUAUGAUUUUCUUUUUAUUAAUUUAACGUUGUUGCUAUUAUGUGUACUCGAUUUUUUCUAAUAAUAUUGUUUUCUUCUCCUACGGUUCAAAUAACUUCUUAUUGAACGAUUUUUGUCGUUCACAAAUAUUCCAUUAA